GUCUGAAAAGAUCUCAGUCAGGUUGGAGCUGCCAAGCUGGCAUCAGUCUGAUUCUCUUUGUCAUCAGAUCUGACCGGUUGGGAGCAAGGCGCCAUGGUUGACACAGUCCGCAGGAAACUGGCAAACAAAAAGAAAGUCUCCAAGAGAUGCUCAUGGGAGGAAGGAUGGAAGCAGGGAAGGACACUGUCAGCACAGUGGGAUUUAUAAAUUCAAGAAAACAUGAUGGGGAGCCAAAACUGGCUACCCUUUGCAACCGCAGUGAGAGCGUCUUGAUAGAUGAUGUUGAACAAAAUAGCAACAAAAGUCCCAUUUGAGACUAGCAUCGAGGGGC